AUGAAGUUGUUUUUAACAAUCCUGCUUUUAAGUUUCUACAUAUUCAAACUUAYUUUUGGCGCUGGUAAUGUAAAAUUCACUCUUCACAAACCCCAUCCUUUGCGAAAAGUUGSACGGUGUUACUACGAAGAAUAUGGUCAUCUUUCGGUAGGAAAAACUGACCCUAAAGACAAAUGCAUGUCUUUGAAAUGCCAUCCUGAUGGAAGUGUGACAGUUUUUGAGUGUGGACCACGUAUUUUCAAAGGUAUCCGGCGAUGUAUUAAAGAGAAACCAUUAGAGCCUUGGAAGCCUUGGCGUGAGUGUUGUCCAAUACACUGUCCCGAGAUGGGCAACCACUACAUGUAA